AUGUCUAGGCGCCGUAUUGAAAGAGGCUUGCCUCCAGUCUCUACUCAAGCCAAUGCUCUUGGACGGCUCGUUGAUCAAAUUGAUCAUCAGCCCGCCAGGGUCCCUCGACGCACGAAGCCAUACUACAAGCCACGCGGCCCCUCCACCAUUCCUCACAACCCAUCCACACCCGAACGCCCCACGAUUUCACCCAUUACCUCUCCCUCUGAGUCGACUAGCCCUCCACAAUCAGGCUAUAUUGCGCAAGCUCCUGAGCAAGACAAUGCCAACAUCAAUGAGGACUAUGGCGAAUCGGAUUCGAAGAAGGUCGCUCGUCCUGUUGACCGCGACACCGAUGAAGCUAGCACUGAUGAAUACUAUGGUGCAGAUGAUCAGCCCGGACACGAACUACGCAACGACAAAGGCCCUGCAAUCGAUGAUGAUUCGGGGAGCGAAUUCAACGUCGCUGUCGCGAACCCUGUCAAGACUCGUCGAACUCGUCUUGCUUCUCGCAAGUCUCGCAAUACACGUGUGACUGCUGUUGCUAGCCAUGAUACAGACGUUGGAGAGGACAACGGCGGUCACAGUCAAGAGGAUUCCGAAGAAGUCUCACGGGCUCCCGCUGACAACAAGCGCAAGUCUUCGCAGAAGGCGUGCGGGAUUGACGGCAGCUCAAUCUCACCAGCGUCACGCCCUGCGAGCAAGAAGCUCCGUGCUGAUGCGCGCAAGGGCGCUACAGCUGGUGCUUCCGGCUGGCACAUUUCAAGCUUCAACGACGUUCACGUUCGACUUUCAGUAGCUACGGGCUACCCACCCAAGGACCUGACACUGGCCAAGAAGUAUCCUAUUUCGGAAGUCGACACGAUCGCCAAAUGCCGAGCCGCUCUUGCUGCCGACUUCGGUAACGAGAUCGUAGCUCAAGGCUUCAAGGGAAAGGCUAAGAUUCUGUCUUAUCGUGUCGAGAAGUUGAUGGACAUUGUCGACACCCAAGGUAAAGGCACCAAGCAAGAUGAUGAGAUCUGGGACAAUCUCGGCCGUAGCUCUACCGAAGUCUUCAGAAGAUGGAUUGAAGAUGCAAAGACUGGCCACGUUCAAGGCGUCCUUCCACGCAUUCAGGUUCUCAUUCUAGAUGAGCACGACCCUCUCGCCGAAGAUACCGAAGAUUACCUACUCGGACGCCGUCGAUUCCUUCAGUCCGACAAUGUCUCCCUGCCGAAUGGUCUCAUCAUCGGCAAGCGUGGCCACAAAGGCAAGCGCGCCGACGGCAAGACGGACGCUGACUACAUGGGCCGGACGGAGAGCCGAGAGACCAAGGUUGUGGUGGAUGGCAAGAAGAUGAACAUGGACGACCACGAUCUCAUGAAGGCCAAGCUUGAUGACUACGACGCCAGCAUCGAACGCGCUCGGAAGUUCGCCGGUCAGAUCAUGACUCUCACCGAGGAGCAAAAGAAGAGCCAGGCCGAGAAUGAAGAACUCAAGAAGAAGAAUGCGGCCCAGGAGAAGAAGAUCUCUGUCCUUGAGGCGAGACUCGCCAAUCUCGACCUGGACGCUGAUGCCCAGGCUAAGAUCCUCACCCUCGAACAGCAGCUAGAAACCUGCCGCAGCGCUGUCGUGAGCAUGGCUCUGGACCGCCAGUACGCCCGUGCUGGCUACGCUGACAUUCUCGACGACAACGAGCAGGCAACCUCCAUCAGUAGUGAUGAGUUUGCCGCUGUCUCGGCCUUGAUCGCCUUGAGCCGCGCUCCAGUCGUCCACACAGUUGCUUCUAAUGGGCACCCGGUGGUGUCAGACCCGGUCGAUGGCUCCGGGGAGUCGAGCUUGCGAUCGUCGGUGAAUAUGCGCUUUGAGUGGGAUGGUUAUUAUUGA